AUGCUCCCCUCACCGCGAUGUAUAGGCUUAGUGCUAGAGUGGUCCUGUCACGGAGUACCCUGGUUCAUAUUUUCCGGUGGAUGGAUCCUGGGACUUCUAAUUAGCAACAUUGGACCACCUCCUAGUGAAGUACCCUCCGAUUUUAUUGUUGAUCCCUAUGUGGCCCCUCCGCGGUCUCCUCGAAAUUUCUACGGAUGGCGGGCCGCGUGCCUCCUCUUUUCCCUCAUUCUUGAUGUUCUCAUUGUGGGUUGUCUCAAAUUUCUUGUCAAGCGACCGAGACCUGAGGCGAACUGCUCCGAAGAUAUGCUACUCACUGUAUCUAUUGACGACUGGUCUUUUCCCUCAGGUCAUUCCAGCCGAGCGGCGUUGCUACAAUGGCUUCUUCCAUGGCUCUUCAAUUUCUCAUGGUCAUCUCGUCUUUUAAUCACCAUCUGGGCUGUCAUGGUCUGCGCAUCUCGGCUUGUUAUGCGUCGGCACCAUUUGGGUGAUAUCCUCUUCGGUUAUGCUCUGGGAUUCUGCCUAUAUUAUUUUAUGACUUCGGAUUUCAUAUACUGGCCAGGCUGGUUUAGGUUUUUGGGAUGA